UCUGGUUCAAAUAUAAUGACUCCCAAUUUUUUUUUUUAUCUUCCACAGUCUGUGGCUGAACUUGAUCAGGAAAGUGAGAGAGGGCGUCAUGUCCCCCCUGACCCUGCAGAGACAGCGCAGCAUCACCCCCUGCAUCACCGACAGAGACCCGCUGCCCGACUCCUCCAGCGACAAAGACCCCGGGUCGCCCAGGGUCAGCGAGGGCACCCCUCCUCUGUCUCGAGUCACGGAGCGGGGGGGCUCCUUCAGAGAUGGAGGCCAAAGCCAAGCCGGUGGACCCCGGAGGCGCCUGCGCAGCGUCUCCGUGGCCCCACCUCACCGCACGUCCGACUGUCUUCGCCACGGCAACAGCAGCGAUGCCCGGGCGGUGAGGGCGGUGUGCCUGCUGAUGGGAGGGGCGGCGGCCUCCUCCGCUCUGGGCUACCUCAACUCCUGCUCCCCCUCCUCCCCCCUCGCCAGCAGAGCCACAGACAUCGGCCACGGCGCGGGGGGCUUCUCUGAGCUCCCCGCGGGAGGCUCCUUCCACGCCUGCAGCCAGGACGUCGACUCCCCACCCUUCAACAGCUUCGACUUCGAGGGGGACUCCGACUUUGAUGCAUUUGACUGUGGAGGAUUUGCUUUUUAGUUUUGACUAGAGAGAAAGACUGUUUGAGAAACCCUUCCUUCUCAUCCUUUUGUUGGUAUUCCUUUUAUAAUACAAGGGCAUCAAUUAAUCACUUGUUUGUUAUCUAUGCGUCUAAUUUAUAAAUUAAUGAAUGUGUUCUUCCUGGCCUCAUGCCAAUGCUCCUCAGGUAAAUCAUUCAUGACCUUGACUCUUGCACACAGUCUGUGUUGUAUCUGUCUUUCCAUGCCACAGGACGGCUCGAGGUUAACUGAGGGAGCAGAGUAAUGAUUCCAGACAGCAACAAAGAUGUUUAUGAAGAUAUUUGAGUCUUUUUAUUGGAUGUGUUUCUCCGCUCAUUGUCUCUCAUCGCUGUGUUCAUUUUCUACUUUAUUUUUAUAUUUUAUUUGACCUCUGUGAAUAUUCUCUCCUCCUCAUUCUUUCCAUUUCAUUGGCACUUUGCCACUUUUGCCCCGCUUUCAUAAAAUCACCCCCAUCACCCCCGUUACCC